UGUAUCUGUGACUGUUGACUGCGACUGCCAAUACGAAUGGGAAGACGAAGGAAACUAAAGGAGCGUGAAGAAGAAGAAGAAGAAGACAACCAUCACAUUGUGCUCACCGAUUCCUCUCCUCACAGCUACUCUCCCUCUCAUUCACCUAUCAUUCUCAACCCCAACCCGGCUGAUUAUUGGUCUCCCAUGUCAACCGAAAAGCAUGCAAAUGCAGAUGCAGAUGCAGAUGCAGAUGCAGAUGCAGAUGCAGAUGCUAACAUGGUUUCUUCUCGUCGCGCAUCACUGAGAUCUGCUACUAAGCGGACCAUUCAGGCAUGUCAGGCUCCACCUUGUGCUCAAGAAUCACCUUCAAGACAUCAAAGCGAGGAUGAAUAUAUUCAAAACGGAUACAAAGUGAAGCAGGAAUCAAUGCCAAUAUUGAGAAAAAUUCUUGCCAAAUAUGGAGACAUUGCUAAGGAUUGUACACUAACAGGGAAAACGUCUCGUUCGAUGUACCUGGGGAUGAUAAUAGACAUAAUCCAAGAGUUGCAGGAGAAGGAUUUAGGUAGAAUCGAACAAGAUUACCUGCAAGAUAUGAUUGGCCUUGUCAAAGAAUUUAAGAAUAUAAGAUUGGAGGUUGGCUGGCUUCUUCAGAGACUCCAAGAUGUUCUCGAAGCGAGCAGGAUUAUGACAGAAUGUUGCGUGUUGAAAGAGAAGCGAGAAAGCAUCCGGAGAGCCGUUGAAGCAAGAGAGGAAGAGCUGGAAGAAUGUGAAACAGAGAAAAUGGCACUUGAAGCAAGGAUUCGAGCGAUUUGUGAACAAGAGGCUGCAUGCAAGGAGGCAUUUGCUAGUGAUCUGAAUGAGAUUUCAAGGAUAACAGAAACCAUCUCAUCCUUCAAACCAAAAGUGGGACGGUUUCAUCACUCACUUGCAAGUGAUUUGCUCUAGUUUAGACAUUCGAUGAACAGAGAUAGAAAAUGACUGUGUUUUGGUACUAAUCUUAGAAUGUUCACACUGAGCUGAUAUCUUACUUUUGAACUGCUUUAUGUCCACCUUAUUUGACUAUGCUUGCUGAGACUUCCAGCUUCCAACUAAUCUAGAGCAGGACUCUGGCUGAAUUUGUAGUUUUACUAAC